AUGAAACACCGUUUACGUUAUGCUUUGAAUUCUAGUAACAACAAUUUAAAACUUUUCAAUAUGGUUAAUGAAUGUAUGAAUUACAUAUCUUCUGCUAUACAUGAAAAUAUAUAUUUUAUAAUCUCUGGUGAAUUUGGUGAACAAAUUGUACCACAGAUUUAUCAAUGUCCACAAAUUAUUUCGAUUUAUAUUUUUUGUAUUGAUAAAGAAAAACAUGAAAAAUGGAGCAAUAAUUACAAUACAAAAAUUUCCGGAGUUUUCGUUGAUAAAUCUUUGCUUUUUAAAACGCUUGGGCAUGAUGUACAACUACGUAUUGAGAACUCACUAGCAAUGAGCGUAUUUAGCAUUGAUGAUAUCAAACAAAAUUCUGUUCGUGACUUAAAUAGAGACAAUGCGACUUUUUUAUGGUUUCAGUUACUUAUUGAUACUCUUAUUAUUAUUCCUUGUGAUUCGAAUGCUAAGAAUGAAAUGCUAGAUGAAUGUCGUCUACAAUAUCAGAAUGACGAUAAAGAAUUGGCAAAAAUUAAUACUUUCGAGGCCGAAUACACUGCUGCUAACGCACUUCGCUGGUAUACGACUGAUUGUUUUCUUUAUCGUUUACUGAACAAAGCAUUUCGCACAGAAGACAUUGACAUUAUAUUUAAAUUUCGAUUUUAUAUUAUAGAUCUCUACAAUAAUCUAUCUGAGUUGUAUAAUGAAUGGAGAAGACAAUACGUUGGUCCUAGAAAAUUAACAGUCUAUCGUGGUCAACGUUUGUCAUCUGAUGAGUUAAAUCAAAUAGAAAACAGUAGCGGCAAAUUAAUCUCAAUUAAUACAUUUUUUUCAACAACAACAGACUCAGCUAUGGCUUAUGCAUUCUCCGGCGCUGAUGAUUCACGCUCAGAAAGAGGUUUUGAAUCAGUUAUGUUCCAGAUCGAAAUUGAUGUAGAAAUAACAACGAAGCCAUUUGCCAAUAUUAAAGAUUUUAGUUCUAUGAAACAUGAAGAUGAAACAUUAUUUUCGAUGGGAACUGUAUUUCGUGUCGAAGAUGUUACGCGUUUUACGACUGCAUCACUCAUUGUUUUGUCAUUAAGCAAUGAAGAAGAUGAAGAAUUGAAAAAGUUAAUUGAUCAUUAUAGACAGCAAGACAACGAUGAAAAAACAGCUUCUCAAGAACAUCUCGGAAUUCCGCAGCAAACUAAGAAUGAAAAUACAUUAAGUCUCUUUGGUGAUCUAUUAAAAAGAACCGGCGAUUUUGAACGGGCCGAGAAAUAUUAUAGAAUUAGACUUGGUCAACUGCAAAAUAAUGAUACACAUAUUCCUUUGAUAUAUAUGCUUAUUGCGGGGACACAUGUUCAACGAGGUCAGUUUAUUCAAGCACUUGAUCACCAGUAUAUAGCGCUUGAUAUCAUUACCAAACAGGAUCCAUCCAAUAUUCUUUUUUCUGCUCAUGCAUGCAUACAGCUUAGCAGUACACUGCUUUCCUUGGGUAGGUUGGAUGAAGCAAUCGAAUAUCGAUUAAAAGCAAUAGACUUCUACGCAGAAAUUUUUAUACCACAACAUUCUAUACUAGCUGAGCAAUAUAUUGAACUGGCUCGAAUAUAUUGUUAUCGAGGUAAUUAUUCAAUAGCACUCAAUACACUUUUUAAAGCUCGUGACAUUCUUAGAAAUGAUGCAAAACAACUUGAGCCUAGAAAAUACUUUCAAUGGCAUUCAGCUCUACAUGAAGGAUUAGGCGAAGUAUAUUAUGCUAUGGCUAAUCAUGAUAAAGCCAUUUUAAAUUAUCAGAUAGCAGCUGAAAAUUUAUUGAAAUAUGUACCUGAAAACGACACUCCUUUACUAGAAGCUUAUCGCAAUAUAGGGGAGAUUUAUCGUGACAAAACCGAUUAUGACAAAGCAUUACAUUAUCAAGAACAAGCGCUUGUAAUUGCUAAUAAAACUCUUCCACGAAAUCAUCCUAUGCGUGCAAAAUAUCUGAUCGCAGUGGCUUUAACAAAUGAAUGUAAAGGUGAUUUAGAGAAAUCCUUAAAAUAUUUAGAAGAGGCCAAGGAUCUAAUAAACGAAACAAGACAAACAAAUCAUCCAAUAUUAGCUUGGAUUUAUCACAAUAUUGGUAGUAUUUAUAAAAAGAAAAAAAAAUUACAACAAGCAUUAGAAUAUGAGCUCAAAGCUUUAUAUAUACGACAAAUAUCGCUUUCACCAAAUCAUAAAGACAUAGUAUGCAGUUAUUUUGCUUUGGGAGAACUUUAUCUAGAUAUAAACAAUGAUAAAGAAGCAUUAAGAAAUUUUGAAAAAGCUGCCGAUGCCUUUACGGAAGCUGGAAUCGCAAAAAACUAUCAACAGAUACAAACAUUCGUACACAUGGCCUGUAUCCAUUUUAAAUAUAAUAAUUUCACUGAAGCAAUUCAAAAUUAUGAAAAUGCAUUGAGUCAUAUGUUUGAGCCAAAUGUUGAAUUGGAAGCUAAACUAUGGAGAGCUAUGGGUGCAGUUUAUAGUAAAAAAGGAAAUCGUUAUAAUGCAGCAUUAGUACAUUUUACAAUUGCACUUAAUAAACGAGAACAACAUUUGUCACAAAAUCGGUUGAAGAUUGCAGAAAUUUAUUUUCAAAUUGGAACACUACAUCAGGCUUUCAAUAAACCACAUCUGGCGUUGAAAAAUUACGAAACAUCAUUAGAAAUUGCUUCUAAAAUUUCACCGGCGCCAGCUGCAGCUAUUCUGCAAAUAACGAAUGCUAUUGAGCGAGUUAGUGCUCUUGUGACCGAGGAUAAUAAUAAUGACUAG